AUGACUGUAUCGUUUAUCUCCACCGGCAGCAUCGUUUACGAUGGAUGCGCCUGUGACAAACAACACAAUUGCACAAGUCAAGCAAAGUUCAUCGACACAAACUCUUCGGAGACAAUCUCAAUCAAAGGCUUGAAAGUCGGUUGUACACCAAGUGAAUCAUUGUUUGCAUCGACUCUCGAAUGCUUUUAUGGUCCAUCGUGUAUAGAACUAUUUGAGAAAUAUACGAAUUCGACGAAGAGUGUUCAUCUUUCUAUCAAAAACAUGAAACAAUUCUCUCUCAACACGACUGUUCAGCAACUCGUCGACAAACUGUUUAUCGAAGAUUGGAAUAAAACGACAAACUAUUCGUCGUACUAUGAAACAUGUUCGCCAUCGUCUUGUUCAUACACUUACAUACAAAAAUUCAAUCCAUUCCAUGCAUUGACACUUGCUAUUGGUUUCCAAGGUGGAAUGAGUAUUCUUUUGCGAUGGAUUUGUCCGAAGUUAGUUCGAAUAAUCUUCAAAAUCUAUAAGCAUCGAAAAAGAGAACAAAAUAUUGUUCAACCCAUCAUCGCGACACAGAACACAUCAACUGACGGUAUACCGUGUCAUCUCGAAACGAAAGCAAAUUCUUCAUCAACCAUUCAACGUCCAUGGAAAACGAUUUUCAUUUGGAUAUUAGUUAUUGCAAUAAUCAUCGCAACUCUAAUUGUAUUUUCUAUUCUGUUCGCUAAAUUUCAACUGACAGCAGAAACAACAAGCACAAGUAUGAGUUUUCAAUAUACUAAAUUUUUUCGACGUUCAUCAACUUAA